AUGUUACUUCGUGUUUCCUUACAUUUCAGGGGUACAGCUCUAGAGGACUACGGCCAUGUGAAUCGCCCUAAACCUGCUGCUGAGCGUUGGUAUGAUCCUUAUUGGGAGAAUGGACAUUGGGUGUUCAAUAGAGUUAAGAUGCAGUCUACUGAACACCCAUUGGGACACUUUUUGCAAAAAGGGAAAUCUACGAAGCAUCACGACUGCAAUCAAAUUUGUUUAGGCAUUUAUGAAACUUACGGUGAGGUUUGCGCUCAACGCUUCGUGACUCGCAAACAUAGAUGGCGUUAUGAGUAUAAACAAUUCCACAACAUGUGUUAUUUGGAAUACGAAAAUUGUAAAGAGUUAAAUAAACGUUGGUAUCCAAUUCAUAAAGGCAACUGCCCUGAGUUUAAGAAAAUGACAAAAAAUCCCACAGACCCGUCAAAGGCGGCGAAAAGAGUAACAAAAUGGAUGAAGCGGAUCAAUGGAAAACAAAUUGGAGCCGGAAUUGCGGAUUCGUAUGAGUAA